AUUUGGAUCCCCCCUCCCAAAUCUUUCAUCAGCCUCAUUUUGACGGCACAAUCAACAAUCAUGGUGGCUAUCAACGGGCAUGUUACGCUUCAUAGAAAGCUUUUCCUGUGUGUUUGGCUAUGGCAUAUCUGCUUCAUUCAAACUACCAAUGGGUGGAGCGCCGGUGGUCUGGACCGAAGAGGCGCUCUUCAGCUUGCACAGACUUUGCUUUUGUCAUCGGAUGUUGCCUCCAGCAAUCCGGUAGCAACAGCAGCGUCUCCACCGGUAAUGCCUGAUGCCCAGGUCACAGACAAGGUCUUUAUGGAUAUUCGGAUUGCCCGCCAAGAUGGAUCUACCUAUAUUCGCGACGAUCUACCCGACACUUUUGAAAAUACAGUCGUUUACAUCCGUCUCAAGCUGGGGCUCUACGGCAAAGCAGCUCCCAAUCACGUGGAAAAGUUUUUGAGUUAUGUCAUUCCUCCGCAAGACAACGACAUGGAGAACCCAUUUCCAUCCUAUGGUCGAUCCAGUUUCCCUGCAUUGGAUCAGGAUGCUGGUUUGCUACGAGGUGGAUACAUUCCAUCCUUGCGCUUGACCGAAGUGGGUGGAUCUUCGGCACUCUCGUAUGGAGCACGGAUUCUACCUGCCAAACUAUGGAUUGAUCGACCCGCCGUGGAAAAAUUGUCUCAUUCGGCCAAGGGACUGCUGACGCACAAAAACUUGGAUGCCACUCCCAAUUUUGGAAUCACCACACGUGCCGCCCCCUCACUCGACAAUACUCAAACAGUCUUUGGACAGGUACUUUGGGAUGAGGAAACAUUGAAUUGGUUUCGAUUAUUGGAAGAUCUACCCACUUACUCCGUCAACCGACCGUCGGGAUACGAUGACUUUAACACUGGUGGAGCAGCCUCAGCCGUCUAUAAUGCACAACGAGAGUUGUUCCGUGGGGCUGCCAAGUCGUUCGGAGAUUCUCGAAUUGAUAAAAUCUACGAUGGAGAACUGCUGCGGCGUAUGGAAGUGACGCAAGUUGGGAGAUUGUAACAAACGUACAGCAGCAGUAGCAGCCUAGUUUUUUAAUAGCGAAACGAGCUAACUAAGAAUGUUGCAUUGGUG